CCUCCCGUGCGCGAAUCGCAACUUUUCCUCCCGGCGCCGCUCCGCGUCCGGGUUUCGCUUCCUUCGGCGGAAUCUCCCUCCUUUCCCCGCCGGUGGUCGGGCGCUCUUCGCCGGCUACGAUCCUUCGGGAUCUGCUUCCCACCCCGUUCGCGUCCUCCGUGCAGUUCGCUUCUGGCCCAAAAGGCUGAGCCGUCUCCCGGGAGCACCCCGCGCUUCUCCUCCCGCUUUCCCCGGCGGGCACGGUCCGUGUCCCGCUUGCUCGGCCCGGCGGGCAAAGGCGGGCGCGCCCCUGCCUGCCGCCCCUCGGUGCUUGCCAGCCGCCCGCCCGCAGCUCCGAUGAAACCCGGCGGGGGAGCCGAGGCGCCGGAGGGCGAGGGCGCGGAAGGGGAGCGGGAGCCGCUGAACCCGGAGUCGUCGGAGCCGCUGGGCGUCUCCGCCACUUACCGAGAGUUCGUCCGGCGAAGUUACCUGGAGCUGAUGAGCGCCAACCAGCACUCGCUACACGCCCUGAAUUGGCGGCGGCUUUAUCUUAGCCGGGCCAAGUUGAAAGCCUCCAGCCGCACUUCGGCUCUGCUCUCCGGCUUUGCCAUGGUAGCCAUGGUGGAGGUGCAGCUGGAAGACUACGACUACCCUUGGCAGCUGCUGGUGGCCUUCAGUGCCUGCACGACGGUGCUGGUGGCCGUCCACCUCUUCGCUCUUAUGAUCAGCACCUGCAUCUUGCCCAAUAUUGAAGCUGUCAGCAACAUCCAUAACCUCAAUUCGGUCAACGAGUCUCCCCACGAACGAAUGCACCACUACAUUGAGCUGGCCUGGGGCUUCUCCACAGCCUUGGGGAUCUUCCUCUUCCUCGCUGAAGUGGUGUUGAUCUGCUGGGUCAAGUUUAUGCCUGUCGGCAACAUGGGGGCAAGCAGGAAGUGCUGCGCUCCAGAAAGGCCCCACGAUGGCAACGCCACAGCCCCCACAGACAGCUCUGGCUGGAAUGCUGCCAUGGCCUCCACGGUGAUUAUGGUUCCAGUUGGCGUCGUGUUCAUCAUCUUUGCUUUGCAUUUCUACCGCUCCUUGGUGGGACACAAAACUGACCGGCAUCAGCAAGAGCUGGAAGAACUUAACCAGAUCAAAUAUCAGUUGGACGGAGAAGCCACAUCUCUGCAAGUGGUGUGAGUUGGCAGCCUCACUUGAACUGCAACUGAUGUGAACUUUCGGAGAGAAAGGCCCCACUGACGUCGGUUGUAUCCUGAUUUUGUCUCGACGGAAAAACUGUUAAGUAACUGCCACUGUUGGAAUUUAACCCCAAAGCUGUGGUGUUGAUGUCACUCCACAGUCUUCCAACGUCCCAACAUGUAUUUGCAUUUCCUAGGAGACAAUUUUCAAGAAGACCAGGAGAAAUGGGUUGCUCUUGAAAAGAGCAGGGAGUGAAAUCUAGGGAGCCUUCCCUGGGGAAUCCCCGUUUGGUAGAUUUUCGAUCCUACAGUAAAAUGUUUACAGGAGGCAGUUGUUGAGGCAGAGGAGGGGGAGGAGGGACAGCUUUAGCCUCUCCAGGGGUGAGACUGUUGCUUUGUCCUGUAAGAUUUCAACUUUGUCUGCAGAACAGAAGAUAAUCAAAAGGUCUUUGGUAUUUCUGACAUUUUGAAAUGGGUGGGUUCAGUCCGUUCAUUUGUAGUCCAUUUCCCUCUUCUUCUCAUCUUUGUACAUAAGAAAUGGUAGAGUUCACCAACCAAGAUUCGUUGGGCUAACUUUUGAACAGGUGUUCGACCUGCUAGGUCCCUAGCAGGCCUAACAUUGUGGCCUAAUUAAGUCCUGACAUUCUCAAGCUGAUGUCCCCUUCAGCUUUCACUGUGCAGUUGCUGCUUGUUGGACAAUCUGAAGAUAUCCCCAAUACCAAACCUUUCCAUCAGUUUGAUGGAGAGUGGCUGCAUCUCCAGACGGCCUAGCCUUGGAUUCUCAAAGGGGCUAGGAAGUAUUUGCAUCUUGGACUCGGCAUUGUAAAUGCAAUUCUUCCAGUUAGUCCCUUCCCCCGCCCACCAUUUUUGGGACACCCUGAAUCCCACAUUCCCAGGCAGGGUGUUUGACCUAGCACAUCUGGAAGGCACCAGGAUGGGGGACACUGUUCUGUAGCCAAACUCUUCCCAUGCAGUCUAUGCCAUUCCUCAAAUGCUUGUUUGCUUACCUCUUUGGAAACUUGGCAUCAGUUUUGGAUCAUUGUCAGAAUUGGGGUCGGUACAGAAAGUUGGACUUCUGACCCAGGAAUUCCUGGAACAUGCAUAUUAUCCCCAUAUAUGUGCUUUGCCCCCAGUCAUAAAUUGUCUGCCCCUCCCUAGGGAUCCUUAUUUAUAGAGACAAAGUCACACAGUAUCCUGGGAGGGGGGGACAGACCCCGGGGGGGAGGGGGACGACAACGGAAGGGACAGACUGCUUGGCUCCAGUAGGAGAUGGCUUCAUUGCUUGGGGUAUUUUUCCAGAGGAGAAAGCAGACUAUUGGGGUGUGGUAGAAGUUAAAUAAAUCUAAGUCCAGUUUAGGAAUUUGGGGGUGGAAUUUUGCUUGCCCCUUGUGUUUUCUUUCAAGGACAGAUUUGGCCUCAGUCUUUGGUGAGGAGAGCCACUGAGCGUUAAAACCAAUCUUCUCUCUUUCCACCUUCCUCAACUUCCUGUCCUGCACAGAUGUGGACCACAAUCUUAUCUUAUGGUUGAAGAUGCUGAGAGCGGCAGUUGUAGACAGGAAAUGCCACAUUCUAGAAGAUGCCUG